AUGAGGAGAGUAGAUAAUACUUCCAAUUGGGCAUAUACCUUUCAUUCCAUUGAUGGUAGAAAGAAAAGCAGUGCCAUUGGCUUGGGAUCCCAUGAUUGUGACAGGGUUUCCUCAAUGGUAGCACAGAUGUUAGUUGCCUCUAACUUAUGUUCAGAAUUUAAAGAUGGAGCCUUUGACAACUCUAUGGUGACAGAAUUUGUGUUGUAUGAUCUUGCAAACUCAAGACCAAGCGCUUCACUUCAAAAGGAUUCUCCCUGUGACCAAGAUUCUAAAACCUUGAAACCUUCCCAUGUGGGAAGAGAAACAUUCGAGCUUGAUGAGAAAACUCCUGCAAUUAAGAACAAACUUCAAGACAAGCUUUUAUUUGGCAGUGUCGAUUUCAAUGAUUCAAAGUCUUAUCCUUUGUUGUGCUCAGAAUUGCGUCAAAAUCUUGAAAUUGCAGCCAUCGUUUUGCAAAUUCCAUUUCACAAGAGAGAGAGUUUCAGACACACGAGAAAGAGUAGAGGUGCUAGAGAGCAUCGCAACCGAAGUGAUCAUUCUGAGAUAGAACAGAGAAGAAAAGGCCUUCAUGAAAGCAGAGGCCCGGAACAGGUGAAGGUGGUCAUUCCAAAGGGCAACCAUGGUCUACCGAUUGAUGAAAACCAGGGUCCCUCACGUUUGCUUGAUCGGUGGAGACAUGGUGGAGGUUGUGACUGCGGUGGGUGGGACAUGGCCUGUCCGCUUGUCCUUUUAGGCAACCCUGGUGUUCAAUUUUCUGAAGACCGCUCUCUCAUGGAGAAUUAUCAAACACUCGAACUCUUUGUUCAGGUAAUGCUGGGUUUCCAUAUCACUUGUUUCUUGAAUGGGGUUUCAUAG